GGCUUUACUACAGAACUGCUGGAGCAGCACGGGACAGCAGCCAGAGCUGGACACGUGAGAAAUCCAACUCUCAAAUUCUACUUUGCAGAACAAAAAAUAUUUCAAAUCUAACUCUUCAGUGAGAAGAAUUCUUGAAGUCAUGAUUGCUCCACAGUUUGUCUCCGCUCUCAUAUUUGUGCUUCUCAUUAGAGACAGCAGAUCCUGGUCUUACAAUGUCUCUACAGAACCUAUGACUUAUGAGGAGGCCAGGGCCUUCUGUCAGCAAAGGUAUACACAUUUAGUGGCAAUUCAAAACAAAGAAGAGAUUGAAUACCUGAACUCUAGGCUGAGCUACUCAAAAAGCUAUUACUGGAUUGGAAUUAGAAAAAUCAAUAAUGUGUGGAUCUGGGAAGGAACCCAGAAACCGCUAACUGACGAAACCGAAAACUGGGCUCCGGGUGAGCCCAACAAUAAGCAACAGGACGAGGACUGUGUGGAAAUCUACAUCCGCAGAGACAAGGAUGCGGGCAUGUGGAAUGAUGAGCCAUGCAGCAAAAAGAAGCUUGCUUUGUGCUACACAGCUGCCUGUACCAAUGAAUCCUGCAGUGGCCACGGUGAAUGUGAAGAGACCAUCGAGAACCACAGCUGCAAGUGCCACCCUGGCUUCCGUGGACUGAGGUGUGAGCAAGUUGUAACAUGUAAAGCACAGGAAAACCCGGAACAUGGAAGCCUGGUUUGCACCCAACCUUUCGGGCCGUUCAGCUACAACUCCUCCUGCUCUGUGAGCUGUGAAAGUGGCUACCUGCCAAGCAGCAACCAGACCCCACGGUGCCUGUCCUCCGGGGAGUGGAGUGGGCCCAUGCCACUCUGUGAGGGUGUCAUCUCCACAUUGGCUGAGUGUGAUGCUCUGACUAACCCUGCCAAUGGGAGCAUGCAUUGUUUCCCAAACCCUGGAAGAUUUCUGUGGAACACAACCUGUGCGUUUGAGUGUGAGGAAGGAUUUGAACUAAUGGGAGCUGAAAAACUGCAAUGUACCUCCUCUGGGAUUUGGGACAAUGAGAAGCCAACCUGUAAAGCUGUGACAUGUGAUGCCAUCCACCGGCUUCAGAAUGGCUCUGUGAACUGUACUCACUCUUCUGCUGAAGAGUUUGCCUUCAGGUCAUCCUGCAACUUCAACUGUGAGGAGGGCUUCACGCUGCAGGGGCCAAUUCAGAUCGAAUGCACUGCGCAAGGGCAGUGGACACAGCAAACUCCAGUGUGUGAAGCUUUGCAGUGCAGAGCCUUAUCCACCCCAGAGCAAGGCGACAUGAAUUGUUUUCCCAGUGCUUUGGAAGGUUUCCAAAGUGGAUCCAGCUGUGAGUUCUCCUGUAAGCAGGGAUUUGUGCUGAAAGGACCUAGAAGGCUCCAGUGUGACCCCACAGGAGUGUGGGACCAGGAGAAGCCCACAUGUGAAGCAGUACACUGUUCAAGGCUGAAAGUUUUACAAACGAUCAAUAUGAACUGCAGUGGGCAGCCCGUGUUUGGCACUGUGUGCAACUUUACAUGCCCUGAAGGUUGGACACUCAAUGGCUCUGUAGCUCUGACGUGUGGCACCACGGGACAAUGGUCUGCGGCAUUGCCUACCUGUGAAGCUCCCGUGGUGUCCAGCAGUCCCUUGGCAGUUGGACUUCCCGUUGCAGGAACCUCUUUCCUCGUAUUGGGAUCAUUUCUCUUCUGGCUUUUGAAACUCUUUCGGAAGAAAGGACAUGAAUUUGUUCCUCAUAAGAAUUCCUAUCAAUUUUAUGUAAACCGCCAGAUCCCUGCUGACAUCAUUUAAAUUCAAAAGAAGCAGUGUUUCUCUGCCUUAACUAAAUAUCACUUGGUGUUGACGUUUAAACUCUCCCUGUGAGAGUAUGCACAGUACUCUACAGCCGGAAGUACAGUUUUGUUGCCACCACCGGUCUGCAGAAGUUUCUGAUAACAUGCACGCUUGCUCAUACUUGCAAGAAUGUAGGUGUGUCUUGAGAACUAGAUAGUGAUAACAACAGAGACUGAGAAAUGUUCAGGUUCUUGGCCUUUCCUGGCUGUCACGCCUGCCAUUUCCGGAGCUGGGACCGUGGCUUCAAUGGAUCAGACUCAAUGGCGAAACCAAUCCUCUGCCAGACAGAUUCAAUUUUCGCUCUGUUGUCCUUGGGAUCACAAAAUCCUGGCUACUGCAGGUGAAGAAGAUUCUCCUCAAAGCAAAAAAUGAAAAAGCUCAAGGCUCUGGAAUCUCAGAAUUGGUUUUUCAUUUUCUUUCAUCACUGAAAUCCUGUUGGAUGAAGAAUAUUUUUUCUUUUGUCCAUCAUGUUUCAAAUGUUAAUUGGAUAGUUACUGUUACAGGGAUGAACAGAAAUCAUCUAGAGUUCAGAGAGGACAAAUUGGCCAAAUAUAUUUUAUUUCUAGUUUUUAAGAACCCCCAAACUUUAAUGCCCAAUGUACAGAAGAGAGAUUAUUAGUGCACAGUGCAAACCUACAUAACGCUUUGUGUAAGGGUUACUAAGCACAAUUUAUUAUUUUAUCCCUGUGGGAUUUGAUGCUUUUUAAAGCUGUUCUUAGCCAUUGUGUUCUUUUUUAACUUACAAUUAGUACUAUGGACUUGGUUACUUAUCCUAGAUUGCCAUCUCUUAGUUUAUCAAAAAAGCUUAAUGUUACCUCUGCAGUAAAUUUGCUUUAAUAAGGAACAAAUGUUCACCAGUGUGAAGUCCUGAGUGCUUUACCACUGUUACCUUUUAAAUACGGUGCUAACCACUGUGUAGUUCUUGUGUAUUAUGUAAGACUUUAAAUCCAUGACAAGAACUUGCUAUUUAAGGCAUCCAUUUGAUAGAACAUUAUCAAACAGGGAAGAUGUCUAAGUGAUUCCCUAGCCGUCGCAUUCUGUACAACAGAAGGGAAAAGGUGUUCUGACAGAGGGGAAAGCCUAGGUGAGUAUUUAUAUUUACCUGUAAGCAGAGUUUCAAAUUCAAAUUCCUGUUACCAGUGCCGAAGCUGUCCUCAGCUUCCGUUAACUUAGCACAUUGGAAAAGAAAAGUUUCCAAAAGUGCUGGCUGAAUAAUGGCAAUGAUCAAGCCACCAGGAAACAGGGAGAUGUGAUAAAAAUCAGUACACAGAUGGUUUUUAAAGGACAGAAGACUCAGGGUGUUGGGGAAAUCAGUGUGAUCAGACUACAUACUGAAUGAAUUAUUUGAGAGAUUUCUCAGGUGUAACCAUUUAUACGUACUGCAUGAGAAAUAACUACAUGAAAUAGAAAUAUGGCCUGUGUUUGAGUAUUAUAUAGUAUUUUAAAUUAUGAUGUAAACUCUUUAACAGUUUUAAGUAUGUAUUUAUUUAAGCUUAUGAUGGAUUUGUUGACACACAGUAUAAAGUUUGUCUAUAAAUGUGUUUGUUUCUAUUUAUCUCUGUGUAUAGACUCUUAAAAAUUUUACUGCAUUUGGAUAAAAUUCACAUACCAUAAAAUACAACCUUUUAAAUGUAUGAGACCAGGCAACUACCAUGACUGUGUAACUCCAGGAGAUUUCUAUCCCUAUAGAAGAAACCCUGUACCCAGUUACUGUCCUUUUCCCCUUGCAACUACUACUAACCUAUUGUAUGUGGCUAUGGAUUUACCUGUUCUGGGUAUUUCACACAAAUGAAACUUUAUGUGACUUCC